CACAAUCCCGAACAGCUAAAGGACAGGGAGAAAUGGCUGACACCAUAGCCGACACUAGGAGGCUUUUUACGAAGCCACAAAACCUAAAUGACGCCUAUGGACCUCCGAGUAAUUUCUUAGAGAUUGAUGUGAGCAACCCGGAGACCAUCGGGGUUGGCAGGGGCAGGUUUACCACCUACGAAGUCAGACUGAAGACCAACCUGCCGAUCUUCAAGCUGAAGGAGUCCUGCGUUCGUCGGCGAUACAGUGACUUUGAGUGGCUGAGGGCUGAGCUGGAGAGAGAAAGCAAGGUGGUGGUCCCACCUCUCCCGGGAAAAGCUCUCAUCCGACAGCUUCCAUUCAGAGGGGACGACGGAAUAUUUGCUGACGCUUUCAUCGAGGAGCGGCGACAGGGUCUGGAGCAGUUUCUCAACAAGGUGGCCGGUCACCCUCUGGCCCAGAACGAAAGGUGCCUGCACAUGUUCCUACAGGAGGAGUCCGUAGACAGGAACUACACCCCAUCCAAAGUCAGACAAGCUUAAAGAAUCAAUGAAUGGCUCGGCCCGACCCAACAACCCAAAGCUCUUCUCACCUCUCCAGGUUCCUGUCAGACGAUAAACAUUUCAGUGACAACCGCACUCCUCACUACUACAGAUCAUUGCCCUCUUUUCUUUUUAGUUCACCUCGCAAUUUGUUCGUUUUCUCAAGAAUGUUCAUGACACUUCUAUGGUCGAAAGAAUUUUAUAGUCCUUUCUCUUUAUGUCUGAAAAGCCACUAACAUUGAUAUAUAUAUUGUAUUUAUCAUUAGUUAUGUCUGAAUAUAUUCAUUUAUAAAGUAACAUUGUACGAGUGAUUGAUGUAUGCAAAGCUCUUAGGAAGAACCGCCAAGUUCUUCAUCUUGUAUUUGGCAUGUUUCGACACGGUGACUUUAAAAUCGCCUCCUCACCCCCACUUUAUACAAUGACAUGUGAAUUUGUGCAGUUAUCGUGAGGAUUUUCUAGAAAGGAGGACAGAUUUACUCAGAGGGAAGUGCAGUAUUUCUACAGGCGAUAUGCAUUUUGAGAUUUGUAUACUGCUGUGCCAUUUUUGUUUAUUUUGAAGAUUUUCCAAUAAAACAGGUGAAA